AAAAGGGGAUGUGGCAACGGGGCCAACAUGGCCGCGUCAGUGUAAUAGAGGAUCGGACGCGUCGGUCUAUCCCCUUUAAGUUUAGGACAGCGAACAAAAUAAAAACAACCGAUGGUCGUCGCUUGUGUGUGAUUUUGUGCACAUUAAUAUUGUGAUAAUGUUAUUGGGGAUUUAUUAAGUGAUACAAGAAGAUUUCAACUCAAGGGAGGCAUGAUGCAUUUCAAUACAAAAAUGCUCAUAAGAAGCCUUCAGAAGGCCAAAAACGCACAGUACGUCUUUCGAAACGCUUCCAGUGGUCUACCGGACCUAACCAAGGAUCGUUACCCGGUAAACAGGGCGGAUUUCGCCACACUAGGGGACAAACAUCUUCAAUUUUUCAGGGAUCUCUUGGGACCCCAAAGGGUUAUCACAGACCCUGCGGAAUGUGAAGGUUAUAAUGUUGAUUGGAUUAAGGCUGUCAGAGGUUAUAGUACGUGCGUCCUCAAACCGAAAACGACCGAAGAAGUAUCAAAGAUCUUGUCCUUUUGUAACGAUCACACUGUAGCCGUAUGUCCGCAAGGUGGCAACACCGGUUUAGUCGGUGGUUCCGUACCGGUGUUUGACGAAGUGGUUCUUUGUACCUCACAAAUGAACACGAUUUAUGACAUUAAUGACACUUCAGGUGUUUUAAUAUGUCAGGCCGGUUGCGUCUUGGAGUCCUUGGACGAGGCCUUGGCUGAGCACGGACUGAUGAUGCCCUUGGAUUUGGGAGCCAAAGGGUCGUGCCACAUUGGAGGAAACGUGUCGACAAACGCGGGCGGGUUACGACUGCUAAGAUAUGGAAAUUUGCACGGAAACGUGCUAGGAAUCGAAGCUGUUAAACCGGAUGGUCAAAUAAUCGACUUACUAAGCACCUUAAAGAAAGACAACACCGGUUUCCAUUUGAAACACUUGUUCAUUGGGUCAGAGGGUUCUUUGGGGGUGGUUACUAAAGUUGCUAUCCAUUGCGUACCAAAACCCAAAGCUGUCAAUUUAGCGUUUGUCGGUCUUCCGUCUUUCGAAAACGUCCUAAAAGUACUAAAAAGGGCCAAAAGGGACCUCGGGGAGAUCUUGGCUUCCUGCGAAAUGAUCGACGAGAGCACCUUGGAGGUUUGUACUGGAAACUUGAAACUGCGAUCUCCGAUACCUGAAUAUCCGUUUUAUAUGUUGAUAGAGACCCACGGUAGUAAUAACGCGCAUGACGAAGAGAAACUCAAUGGGUUCUUGGGUGACGUUAUGGAUUCCGGCUUGGUUCUGGAUGGAACGGUUACAAAUGAACCCAGCAAAAUGAAGAAUAUUUGGGACCUAAGGGAACGCAUAACAGAAGGUUUCAUCCUGGACGGUUACGUAUUCAAAUACGACGUGUCCUUACCGAUCGAGCAGUUCUACUCCCUAGUCCCGGUUUUCCGGCAAAGACUGUCAAAUCAUCCGGAUAUCGUACGAAUUACUGGAUACGGACACCUUGGUGAUGGAAAUAUCCACUUUCAAGUGUCCUGUAAACAAUUUUCCCGGGAAAUUUUGGAGAAAAUUGAGCCGUUUGUUUACGAAUAUACGUCAAGGCUGAAGGGGAGCAUCAGUGCCGAGCACGGGAUCGGUUUCCGGAAACCUAAAUACAUGAAAUAUUCCAAAAGCCCGGAAAGUAUCGCGAUCAUGAAGGACCUGAAGAAGAUGUUCGACCCCAAGGGUAUUUUGAACCCUUAUAAGGUCCUGCCGCCAUAAGUUGCCCUUUAGGAUUUGCCUCAAUAAAAAAAUACACCAUAUAAAA